CUGAGUUCUGCUGGUUGCGCCGGUUCUUCUAAGUUGAUGGCAACACUCACACUUACCAAGACUGAACAGACAAAUAGUGAUUCAAGCUCAGUCACAAACACAUCUGAAAAUAACACUAGCAGACAGAAACCUAGAAUGAAAAAGAAUAAAAAUGCUGUUUUGCGGAAGUCAAAAUCAGCACAAAAUGGAGAAAAUUUAGACACACAGAAAAAAACACAGAUGAAUGAAGAAAUACACAAGAUCAAAACACAACAAUCUUGCCCUGAGCUUGAUGGAGAAGAUGCUGAUAGUGCAAUAGGAUCUGAAGUAAACAGUGUAAUCGGUAUGCCAUUUGAAGAUGAUCAAUUGCUAGAUGAUUUAGAUAAUUUCAUAUUACAACCAGCCAGUGAAACAUUAAAACAAUCUACAAUUCAGAAAGAUACCAACUUUCAUAGUCCUACAUCGAGAACCCUCUCCAGGCAACCAGCUUCUGUUGCCACGAAGUUGCCUACAACACAAACCAGAACAGUGGAAACAGAAUAUAGCACACCUCAGAAAGGGAAAUUUCAGCGUAACAGGAUACAACCUGUUAAUAAAGUUCCAGAAAAUGCCUUCCAAACAGAAAGCCUUGAUGUUAGCAACAACCUAGAAACAUCAGAUGUACGAAUUGAUGGAGAACAAUCUUUAACUACCGAAUCUUUAACCACCAAGUUACCACCCAAUUACAGUACAGAAGCAUCAUCUUUACCUCCUUGUUCUAGAGGGGGUAUGUCAGACUUUGUCAUUCUCCAUACAGAUGCAGACAUGGAAGAAGCGUGUGCCUUCAUGAACCAUUUAAAAAAUGACACUGGCAUUGAGCAUCUUACAGUCGAAUUACUGAGUAGCAUCAACGUUGGAAAACCUGGAAUGCAAAGUCUAGCGGCACUACACGAGAAUUAUCGAUACAUUCUGACUUAUGUCACAGAUAACCUAGCAAGUGACAAGUACUGCAGAUUCCUGCAAGAAAUCUUACUGACAUUUGGUCUGAAGAAAGCAAACGGACAAGAAGAUCGGGUUGUGCCUGUAUUUACGAAGAAUGAAUGCUGCAACAUCCUAGAAAUAAGUGUACUACACGGACUACAAUAUUUCCAAUUUCAUUCACUUAACUCAUUGAUUAGUGACUUGUGCCUGAACAGUGUCAGAAAACUUGUUCGAGAGGGAAGAGAAAAGUUUCCAUAGAAUGUAUUGGUUGAUUUAUCUAAUAAAUUUUCUGUUUACCAGCA